CGCGCACCACUUAGUUGGCAGGCGUUCUCGCCAUUGGAUCGCUCCAUUAUCCAACGGUUAGCAGAAACGCCGCCUUGGUAAGCGGUUUUUGGGCUGCCCCAAGGAAAGCCACCCCCUUCAUAGUGGGAUUUUUGUUAUAACCACCCCUUCGAGGUGCGGUUUUUAAAAAAUACUGGCAUUUUGAAAUUUUAUUGAAUUGGGUUGUAAUUUUGUAAUUUUCUUCUUAAAUCGUGGUAGUUUUGGAUUUUUCUCCACCUUCUCUGACUGACGAGGCCACAAAUUUGCCCCGGACCGCGAUUCCCUUUCCCCCUCCCUCAACCAGCUGCACUGCAGGUAUCAGUGCGACACCAGAGCCGGAUCCGCCAGUUUCCUUUCCAACGCUAUUUUAUUCUUGGUCCACUUGCCCUUCCGCCUCCACGCUAAUCCUCAACCGGCGGCGCGGUGGUCUAAGUUUCCGGAGCCGACCAGGUAACGAAAAAUCCUAACGCAACUCCCGAUACCGAAAAUCUUAGUUUCAAAAUGCUAGAAACUCUUUCGUGAUUCCUCCGCUUCUCGACUCGGUCAAGAAAGUUCUCGCAUUCUGCGGGCGUGAAAGAAUCAGGGAUUUGAAUGUUUCAUUCUCAGAACCUAGGGUUGGUUCCCUUUCCAGUUUUGCUCGUAAAAAAAGCUGCAGAAUUCUUGCACUGUGUUCAGUCCUCUGAAUCGCAUUUCAUAAUUCUGUAUUGUUUGCUGUUGCUGGACCUGUUUGUGUUAUUAAUUAAUAUGCCAAUUGUUCAUAUGUUUCCCUUUGUCAAAACGUGCAAUCUACCCUGAAUGUUCAUCUCCAGCAGUUGAUCGUGGCCUACCUUUUUUUCCGUUUGCAGAUGGAAUCAGAAGUGGUAGAGGCAGAGUUGGUACUGCCAACACACCUGAGCUUCAAGAAGGUACAGAUGUAUGAAAAGUACCCAAAGGGUCAGUCCAGAGGCCGCCACUGGAAGCACUUGAAGCAGAUCCUCCAGGCCGAGAAUCUCCAAAACUAUCCUCCUGAUGAACCUAACUACGUCAACAUCGAAUCACCGCCCUCGAUGCAUCCGUCCGUGAAAAUAUGCGACAUCACUGGGUUAGAGGCACCAUAUCAUGAUCCAAGGACAAACCUUCGUUAUGCAAAUACUGAGGUCUUCAAACAAAUAAGGGCACUUCCAAAUGAGUACGUGCAGAGGUACCUGGCUCUUAGGAAUGCAGCAGUUGUUCUGAAAUAGCGGACUAAGAUACACAUCACGCCACGCGUGGUUGUUAACUAUAAUAGCACAAAGCUCAGCUUCAAACUGAUUUCUAGC